UCGUCGCGACUGGUUCCAGCACGCGAAAAGGCCAGCUCAUCAAAAAUCUUUUCUUCGAGAAUUUCACGGCGAAAAACUACAAGUGGAACACCGUGAAUUACAGCAUUGCGGUUGCCAUCUCCGCAGUCCUCUCCUACGUCUACGUCAUUUGGGGGCUGUUUCAGACCAACCAGAACUGGCUAGAGCUCCUGAUUUACGGCCUCUUCGACGGCGUGAAAUCCACCUCCCGGGCGAUCUCGCCGUUUCAGACCAUCGGCUGUCGGCUCGGGUCGCAGAACAGUGGGGAGCGGUUGAAAAAGGAGAAGAACAUUUCUUUCUGGAACCCGGCGCGGAUCCCGAUGGCGGGGAAAGUCAAGGUCCAGUGCUUGGAUAAGACGGGGACCAUGACCGAUUCGGAUUUGAAAUUCCAUGGUUGGAUGACG